UGGGCUGGGGCGGAAGUGUAGGCGGAGGGAGACGGCGGCGUCCGCGGGGACUUGCUGUGAGGCCCUGGUGGGCGCAAGACAGGGGGAGGGGGAGGAGCCCGUACCCCGGGCGGCAGCGGCGCCCGAGUUCCCCGUAGGGCUCCGCCUUGGAGCGGGCGGCAGUGGAGGAGGAGACUGAGGAGCAGGAUGGCGGCCUCGGCCCUGUAUGCCUGCACCAAGUGUACCCAGCGUUAUCCCUUCGAGGAGCUCUCCCAGGGCCAGCAGCUCUGCAAGGAAUGUCGGAUUGCGCAUCCUAUUGUAAAAUGUACUUACUGCAGAUCAGAAUUUCAACAAGAGAGCAAAACUAACACAAUUUGUAAGAAGUGUGCUCAAAAUGUGAAGCAGUUUGGGACCCCCAAGCCUUGUCAAUACUGUAACAUAAUUGCAGCGUUUAUUGGUACCAAAUGUCAGCGUUGCACAAAUUCAGAAAAAAAGUAUGGGCCACCUCAGACCUGUGAACAGUGCAAACAACAAUGUGCUUUUGAUCGGAAAGAGGAAGGAAGAAGAAAGGUUGAUGGAAAAUUAUUAUGCUGGCUCUGUACUUUAUCAUACAAGAGAGUUUUACAGAAGACAAAAGAACAAAGGAAGAGCCUGGGAUCUUCGCAUUCAAAUUCUUCAUCAUCAUCUCUUACUGAGAAAGACCAGCAUCAUUCAAAACAUCAUCACCACCAUCACCAUCAUCACCAUCGUCACAGCAGUAGCCAUCACAAAAUCAGCAAUCUAAGUCCAGAACAAGAGCAGGGACUGUGGAAACAGAGCCAUAAAUCCUCUGCAGCAAUUCAGAAUGAAACUCCAAAGAAAAAGCCCAAAUUGGAAUCUAAGCCAUCUAAUGGAGAUAGCUCUAUAAAUCAGUCAGCAGAUAGUGGGGGAACAGACAAUUUUGUCCUUAUAAGUCAACUGAAAGAAGAAGUGAUGUCACUUAAGCGUCUCUUACAGCAAAGAGACCAGACCAUUUUAGAAAAAGAUAAAAAGUUAACUGAACUCAAGGCAGACUUCCAGUACCAAGAGUCAAAUUUGAGAACAAAGAUGAACAGUAUGGAAAAAGCUCAUAAAGAAACUGUGGAACAACUUCAGGCUAAAAACAGAGAACUACUCAAACAGGUUGCAGCAUUGUCAAAGGGUAAAAAGUUUGACAAAAGUGGAAGCGUACUAACAUCUCCUUGAAAAAAUUAUUUGUUAAGUGUUUCUGCUUACAAUGUAAAUUUGGGGGAACAAUUCUAUGACGCCCAUAUUUUUGCGCAUCAAAUGAAUUGGUGUGUUUCCUAUUCACUUUUGUAACUGAUAUAUAGCAUUUUUUAAGUUGUAAAACAUUGAAAUAAAACUUCAACUGGUUUGAAGUAACUUUUUAAUUAUUUGAUAUCCAAGAACUUUUUGCCAGCAAUAGUAUUAAACAGUUGUAAAGGAGUGCAUGAGUAGUGCUCUUUAUAAAAUGCAACAUGCAAUAAUAGAGUAGGUAUGGUUUUAAGAAGUGAAAGCAGCAGGGUUUUUUGGUUUUUGUUUUUCUUCUUUGUUUGUUUAACACUAUACUAGAUUCAGAUAAAUAGUUUUCAAUUAGAAGUACAAAAAUUUUUAAAUGAGUAACACUGGUAUUUUGGAAUUGUAUUUUUACUUUGGAUCAACAUGAAUUUAGGAGAGAAUCAUGGUGCUUUUAUUAAAUGAACUCCAGAGUACAUGUAAAUAUGUUUUUAAAAGUUACAUCAUUAACAUGAAUUACUAACAUACCAUUUUCAUUAUUAGUAUUGGAGUUAAUGUUUAUUGUACAGUAUCCAAGGUAAAAUGUGUUUUUGUUUUGUAAAAACUACUGUAGAUUUUUACUUACAAGUGCCUUUUUGCCACCUAAUGUUUUUAUUUAUAGGAAUGCUGAUCUUUUGUACAUAGUUUGUUUUAAAAUCAUGUUUAAUAAAUGUUUGUAUAUAAAUGCAUAUGUACAGAAGCCUAUUUCAAAAGAAAUCAAAGUUGAUAGUAACGUUUUUGAGGUUGCAUUAUGAACUAACUGAUAAUGCAUAUAGACUUUAGGUGAUUUUGUGAUUAGUUUCUGUGUGAUACUGGGAAGCUGUGGGUAUUGAAUGCAUUUAAUUAUGUUGAAAUAAUUCCCUAAAGAUUUAAUUUUAAAUCUUUUCUGAUAGAGUAAUUUUAUUUUUUGUUAUAUGGCUUCAUGUUCGUAUUCUAUGAUUUACAUGUUUUGCUUUAUUUUUUUAAUAUAAAAUUUCUUUAAAAUUUAUAAUGUUUCUACAAUGGUCCAUAUAUUUGCUUGCCCUAUAAUUUGUGGUUAUAUCUAAGUUAAUAUUUAUGUAUAUCAUACGUAGUUUAUAAAUUUAAUGCAAAUCUAAAAAAAAAUUAACUUUUUAAAAUCUAAUCUAUGCUUAUCUUAAAUUGGAGUCUACUAUAAUAUUCAGGCACUAUGUAUAAGUAAAUUGUCUCAAAGUCUUUAAAAUUUUCUAUGUAAGGUAAAGAUGGUGUGAGAUAGGUUAUAUGAAGUUAUUGCCUAACUAUAUUCUGAUCUAGUAGUUUUUAGUCUGUAAUGGAAAUUGAUCUAUUUAAUUUCAGUUCAGACAUUUAGUUCAGUUUUGAAAGCUCAGGCAUUAUCAGAUACACUGUAUAGGAUGAAAGAGUUCUUUCCUUUAGAAUUUAUGGACAAAACUAAAUUUGUUUUGAUUGAAUUUUUAUUAGAUUAGUUUGGAAUGUUUUUAGACAAAUACUGAUUAUGAAUUUCAUAAAAAUGUUUGGCUUUCUUAAGACCACAUGAUGAUUGUAACAUUUCUUAUUAAAAUAGUUCAUAUUUCAGUAGAGUAUCCUUAUAGUUGUUCAUUGUUCAUUCUGAAGUGAUAAUAUUUGUCCAAUUUGGAAACAUAUAAUCUAGGGUAAUUUUGAAGUAAUAGCAAAUGAUUGAGUCAAUAAGAUUUGGAAAAACUCAAAGCUAUUUUUAUGAGAUCUUCAUGUAAUAAUCUUAAAUUUAGUAUUCUCAGCUAUGGUAGAUAAUGCCUUAACAUGGAUUUUAAUGUUUGCAAGAUUUGCUAAAUUCACAAGAUAAUCAUUAUCUUUCUUUAAAAUUUGUAAUGUUUUAUAUUCUGGUUUCAUAGCCAUUUGUCAAUCCACAGUGGUCAUUAUAGUUCUGAAAUAAACUUUUAGAGUUCUUAUACCUUGUUGGAGAUUCUACAAAAGAACCCCCCCACCCCAGCUAACAUUAAAAUUAAAAAUCAGUUUUAAAUAACUAAGCUUUUUAAUUCCCAUGGCUAAAAUCACUAAGGGGCUUCACAGUAUUUAGUCCUAAUUAAAAACCUCUUUGUUUGACAACCUUAUUUAUAAAUUAAAUUUUUGCAAUUGUAUAAACUAGUAAUUGAAUCCCAGUUCUGAUCUAUAGUGUAUUGACAUAAUGAGCUGAUAUUCUUUAAGUGUGGACCUGUAAGGAGAUAUUAUGGUGUGCCGUAUUGUGCUUUUAGCCUGUUUUCCACAGUUAUUUAGCGUUUAACAGUGAGGGUCAUUUUGACUCGUUAUUUAUGUAUUAAUAGCCUUGUGAAUAUUGAAGUCCUUUUUAGAUUGUAUUGGUCUAAAUAUGCAUUCUGCAGUGAACCUGUUAAGCUGUUCACAUGUACAUACAAUUGAAAUACUGUACUUGUACACAUCUGACUAUUGACAUUUUGUACUUUUUUUCUAAAUCCAAUAUUUCACAAUAAAAACUUCUUAAAAGCA